UGCACUGAUUUGACAGCUAAUGGAGAUGGUUCUUUUGUAAAUUAAAUUGCAAGUCCCAUCGCCCUCCUAAAUAAAGAAGCAAAACCGGCAAGACUUUAAGAAAAAAAAAAAAAAAGUGGUACAAGGUACCACACCCCUCAGCCAUACAGCAAAGGGUAAAAGAGACUGGGAGCCUGUGUGUGGAAUGUGGACAGAGGAGGGUGGACCAGGGAGCAGAGGGGAGGGGUUUCUUUUCGGUUUCUCAGUGGCAAGGCGAACCCGGCAGCUACCCUGUCUCUUUGAGGGCUUAGAGAUGUUAAAAAUGACAAGCAAAGUUUUCUCUUUGUCCCUCGCUUUUCAUAAAACCAAAGUCUCAAGCCUGUAGCUGCCUCUUGUCCCAAGGGAGUGUGUGUAAGAGGGAGGGAAAAGAAGCCGUGUGGGUGAGGGUGGCAGAGCAGAUCCCGGGGACAGCAGAAAAGAGGCGCGAGCUAGUCGUCUCCGGCAGGAGGGCGUGGAUACCGGUACAAGCUCGAACAGGUCCAGCCUUCUGGAGACCUGUGCCAACAGCAGGAGGGGGCAGACGGGAUCUCUGUGGGCAGAUCGGGGUGUGGAUCAGCGGGAAGCGCCCAACUAGAAACUCCCUUGGAUUCUCCAAGAGGCGCUGGACCUCGUUGGUCCCCUUUGCCCCAGUGAUCCAGCUUUAGGAGAAGUUUUCCCAAGAGAAGGUACCAGACAGAUCGGAUGUCAAGAGGCGGCUCAGGUGUUAUAGACUGCAGGCAAUGAUUCUACCUUGAUAAUCCAGGCAGACCACCGUGGAUCAAAAAUUCCUGGUUUCUCCCAUUUCCUCAGUGAACAGAAAGUAUUAGAGACCCUUUCCAGUCUUUGCACGUUGCCUCCUUUCUGAGGAAUGAUGGAAUUGCCAUUAUGUGGAAGAGGACUGAUCCUAAGUCUAAUUUUCCUCCUGUUAAAAUUGUCAGCAGCUGAAAUACCACUCUCCGUUCAACAGGUUCCAACAAUUGUAAAGCAGUCAUACGUGCAGGUGGCCUUUCCCUUCGAUGAGUAUUUUCAAAUUGAAUGUGAAGCGAAAGGAAACCCUGAACCAAUAUUUUCAUGGACUAAGGACGAUAAGCCUUUUGAUCUUUCUGAUCCUCGGAUAAUUGCGGCUAACAAUUCAGGCACAUUCAAGAUCCCAAAUGAGGGCCACAUCUCUCACUUUCAAGGAAAAUACCGCUGUUUCGCAUCCAAUAGACUAGGAACUGCAGUAUCAGAAGAAAUAGAGUUCAUAGUACCAGGGGUUCCAAAAUUCCCAAAAGAAAAAAUUGAACCCAUUGAUGUAGAAGAAGGGGAUUCCAUUGUCUUACCCUGCAACCCUCCAAAAGGCCUCCCACCUUUGCACAUCUAUUGGAUGAAUAUUGAGUUAGAACACAUUGAACAAGAUGAGAGAGUAUACAUGAGCCAAAGAGGAGAUCUGUACUUUGCAAAUGUGGAAGAAAAUGACAGUCGGAAUGAUUACUGUUGCUUCGCUGCAUUUCCAAAAUUAAGAACGAUUGUACAGAAAAUGCCAAUGAAACUGACUGUGAACAGUUUAAAGCAUGCUAGUGAUUCAAGUUCAUCCACAGAAAUUUGUUCCCAGGCAAAUUCCAUCAAGCAAAGGAAACCCAAACUUCUGUUGCCUCCUGCCCAAAUGGGAAGUUUAUCUGCAAAGACUGUACUCAAAGGGGAUACACUAUUGCUCGAGUGUUUUGCGGAGGGCCUACCAACUCCACAUAUCCAGUGGAGCAAACCAGGUAGUGAAUUACCAGAGGGAAGAGCAACAAUUGAAGUUCAUGAAAAGACAUUGAAGAUAGAAAACAUCUCCUACCAGGAUAGAGGAAAUUAUCGCUGUACAGCCAACAAUUUGUUGGGGAAAGCCAGUCAUGAUUUUCACGUCACAGUAGAAGAGCCUCCACGCUGGAAAAAGAAGCCUCAGAGUGCCGUGUACAGCACGGGGAGCAGUGGCAUCUUGUUGUGUGAAGCAGAAGGCGAACCUCAACCCACAAUCAAAUGGAGACUCAAUGGCUUGCCGAUUGAAAAACAUCCAUUUCCUGGUGACUUUAUGUUCCCCAGGGAAAUCAGUUUUACAAACUUACUGCCAAAUCAUACUGGUGUAUAUCAGUGUGAAGCCUCAAAUAUUCACGGAACCAUUCUGGCCAAUGCCAAUAUUGACGUUAUAGAUGUUAUCCCACUGAUAAAAACUAAGAAUGAAGAAAACUACGCGACAGUGGUUGGCUACAGCGCUUUCUUACACUGCGAGUACUUUGCUUCUCCCAAGGCCACCGUGGUCUGGGAAGUGGCUGAUGAGACACAUCCCCUGGAAGGUGAUCGGUACCAUACGCAUGAAAACGGCACACUGGAGAUCUACAGAACUACUGAGGAGGAUGCGGGGUCCUACUCUUGUUGGGUAGACAAUGCCAUGGGAAAAGCCGUCAUCACAGCGAACUUGGAUAUUAGAAAUGCUACAAAGCUCAGAGUUUCUCCUAAGAAUCCUCGAAUCCCUAAAUCACAUGUGCUUGAACUAUACUGCGAAAGCCAGUGUGACUCACAUUUGAAACACAGUUUGAAGUUGUCCUGGAGUAAAGAUGGAGAAGCUUUUGAGAUGAAUGGCACAGAAGAUGGCAGAAUAGUGAUUGACGGAGCUUACCUGACCAUAUCUAACAUCACAGCAGAAGAUCAGGGUGUUUACUCCUGUUCUGCUCAAACUUCUCUUGAUAGUACUUCGGAAAAAACUCAAGUAACCGUCCUUGGUGUUCCAGAUCCGCCAGGAAACCUUCACUUGUCAGAAAGACAAAACAGAAGUGUCCGGCUGUCCUGGGAAGCAGGAGAUGACCACAACAGCAAAAUCAGCGAGUACAUUGUAGAAUUUGAAGGGAACAGAGAGGAGCCUGGAAAGUGGGAGGAGCUAACUAGAGUCCAGGGAGAAGAAACAGAUGUCGUGUUAUCUUUGGCUCCUUAUGUGAGAUAUCAGUUUAGGGUCACAGCUGUAAACGAAGUCGGAAGAAGCCACGCCAGCCUGCCUUCAGACCAUCAUGAAACUCCACCAGCAGCUCCAGACAAGAAUCCCCAGAACAUCAGAGUUCAAGCAUCUCAACCCAAGGAAAUGAUUAUAAAAUGGGAGCCUUUGAAAUCCAUGGAACAGAAUGGGCCAGGACUGGAGUACAAAGUGAGCUGGAAGCCCCAGGGAGCCCCCGAAGAGUGGGAAGAAGAAAUAGUUACAAACCACACACUACGUGUGAUGACACCUACUGUCUAUGCUCCUUAUGAUGUCAAGGUCCAAGCCAUCAAUCAACUAGGCUCCAGCCCUGACCCUCAGCCAGUGACACUCUAUUCAGGGGAAGACUAUCCUAGUACAGCCCCUGUGAUCCAGCGUGUGGAUGUUAUGAACAGUACAUUAGUUAAAGUUACCUGGUCAUCCAUUCCUAAGGAAACAGUACACGGACUUCUAAGAGGGUACCAGAUAAAUUGGUGGAAAACCAAAAGCCUGUUGGAUGGAAGGACACAUCCCAAAGAAGUAAACAUUCUAAGGUUUUCAGGACAGCGAAACUCUGGAAUGGUUCCUUCCCUAGACCCCUUUAGUGAAUUUCACUUAACAGUCUUAGCCUAUAACUCCAAAGGAGCUGGUCCAGAGAGCGAGCCUUAUAUAUUUCAGACACCAGAAGGAGUACCUGAACAACCAAGUUUUCUCAAGGUCAUCAAAGUUGAUAAAGACACUGCCACCUUAUCCUGGGGCCUUCCUAAGAAACUAAAUGGAAAUUUAACUGGUUAUCUCUUACAAUACCAGAUAAUAAAUGACACCUACGAGCUUGGAGAGUUAAAUGAAAUCAACGUUACUACUCCAUCUAAAUCCAGCUGGCAUCUCUCCAACCUCAACUCAACAACAAAAUACAAAUUCUACCUGAGGGCGUGCACCUCAAGAGGCUGUGGAAAGCCAAUAAGUGAAGAAGGUGCCACCCUAGGAGAAGGGAGUAAAGGUAUCAGGAAGAUAACAGAAGGAGUAAAUGUUACCCAAAAGAUUCACCCUGUAGAGGUACUUGUGCCGGGAGCGGAACAUAUUGUUCACCUAAUGACUAAGAAUUGGGGUGAUAACGAUAGCAUUUUUCAAGAUGUAAUUGAGACAAGAGGGAGAGAAUAUGCUGGCUUAUAUGAUGACAUCUCCACUCAAGGCUGGUUUAUUGGACUGAUGUGUGCAAUUGCUCUUCUUACACUGAUAUUGUUAACUAUUUGCUUUGUGAAGAGGAACAGAGGUGGAAAGUAUUCAGUAAAAGAAAAGGAAGAUUUACACCCAGAUCCAGAAGUUCAGUCAGCAAAAGAUGAAACUUUUGGUGAAUACAGCGACAGUGAUGAAAAACCUCUCAAGGGAAGCCUUCGGUCCCUGAAUAGGAACAUGCAGCCCACAGAGAGUGCUGACAGUUUAGUGGAAUAUGGAGAGGGAGACCAGUCCAUAUUCAACGAAGAUGGAUCGUUUAUUGGCGCAUACACUGGAGCUAAGGAGAAGGGAUCCGUUGAAAGCAAUGGAAGUUCAACUGCCACCUUCCCACUCCGGGCAUGAGAACAACACAUUCAGGCACCACGGGUGGCUAAGCCGGACAAGGGGAGCAAGGCCUUUUACACAGGAGCGGAAACGCGUGUCCAGAGGUUGAUAUUCUGCAAUUUUGAUGAAAGAAAUAGCACUGCCUUCAAAAAGAAAAAGGGAAAAAAAAUCAGAUGCCAAGAACUUCAGACUUGUGUUUCAUUUUGGGUUUUGAUUUCAGGUGCUCAAAAUGCAGAACACGAAACAAAUCCUGUACUUAGAUCCACUUUGACUGAAUCCAAAGUUCCCAUUUCAGAUACUCCACAUCUACCUGGCUCUCCUGUUCAGUGUGUGUGCAUUGAUGUUGCUAAGAUGUGUGGGUUUCUCUCUGGAUGCACAAUUAUACUUAGUUUUGAAGAACUGUUUUAGUGAAUUCGAUUCACUACAGGAUAAAAGAUUGUAAGCAAGCAAGCUGGUUAUUUAAAAUGUAAAAAGGAACAUGAUUGUCUUAUUAAACAUCCCGUGGAAUCUAUACAGUCUAAAGUUAUUAUUUAAAAUUUUAGUAGCAAAAGUCUUAGAUGAUCAUACCACUCAUAUUUAUUGAGCUCCUAACUUUUUGCCCAGACAAAGGCCAUCUUUACUCAGAUUACAAUAUUUUCAGUUUCUGGAUGAUUCUGUUUAAUUUCUGUUAGUAAUGGUAACUCUGUAUGUACCUUUCCCUCCCUCCCUCCCCUCCCUCCCCUCCCUCCCUCCCUCUUUCUUUCUUUCUUUCUUUCUUUCUUUCUUUCUUUCUUUCUUUCUUUCUUUCUUUCUUUCUUUCUUUCUUUCUUUCUUCUUUCAACUUGAACUAACUGGAGCUGCAAAGGGAGUGGUAGUCAUAAGUUAUUUUAAAAAGAGAAAGAUGUAGACGUCUUGAUUUUAUAUCUUCAUUUGUAAGUUUAGGGCUUUCAGCCUUUAUGUUUAUAUACUGAGACCCUUGAGUGUAUUUCAUGAAUGCAUUGUACAUAUUAUGUUAAUAUUUACACAGUUUAAAACAUAGUGUUUUAUUUUAAAGUGAGAAAAGGAACAUUAAUAGGCAUGAUUGUACAGCUAGAAUAUAUAUAGUAAGAUACCAUUUUUAUUCUUCUGGGGCUAGAUACAAUAACAUGAGGUUCCAUAUACAAGACUAUAUGAAAAAUUGGAUUCUGUCCUUAUAUUUCCCUCCUUCAUGUGGUCUCAAAAAUAAAACAUUAUAUAAUCAUAGAGGGAAAUACAUUCAUAUUUUCCAAAGUAAGUUGUGGAAUGGAUUCCUACCCCAGCACUCCAAAAAGAAAAUUACCUACAGUAGAAAUUCUUAUAUACCUGUUAGUUUAUAUCAUAUUGUAAAUGUAUUUGUAGUGGUAUGAUCAUUUUUAAUGUUUUCCUUCUAUCAAAGUUAGUACAGAUUCAGGGAUUUUAAUUUCUGGCAUGUGGGCUACCAGUCCAUCUAAAAUGGUACAUAGGGUUUAGAGCAUUUUAGAAAUCCCUUGAAGGACUCUGCAUACAUAUAAGUAAAUGUUAAAUAUUAGUAUUUCCUUUCACAUUUAAUGGAAACAUUUUAGCUUCACCAUGAAAUUAUUACAUGUUAAGUGAUAUUGGUUCACAGAUUUAACUUUAGUUUGUAUAAUUACUGACCAUAUUAUUCAUUCUUCAUGUUUAAUUGGCAUAAUGCAUUGUGUUACUUGGGGAUUUAAAUUGUGGACAUGCAAAAGAGCCAAUGCAGUAAUAAACAUGAAGCAUAUGUUUUGCCCACAGGCAUCCUCGAGAAUGCAUAGGCAGGAAAAUCUUGGUUUUGUUUUUGUUUUUAAUUUUUGUGGAUGUUUCUUGGGGUUUUGUUUUGAUUUUUUGUUUUGGUUGGUUUUGGGUUUGUUUGUUUGUUUGUUUUUAAAACCCAUGGAUCUCAGUAUUCAGUUACUCUCCUGGAAGUACCAAAUGAAAGCGGGUGUGAGUGUAAGGAUCCAGAAGUCCAGCUGUGUGAGCAGCUCUCCAGCCCUUUCUGAUGACCAGGGCACAGAUUUCUGGAAAAUCCAUCACUGUGUGCUAUUUUUAUGGGAGGACCUGUAGUGCUGAGCCCCAGAGGAAAUAAUGGAUGUGACUGACAUUAAACAUGUUAUUAUUCUGCCUCCUCUUUAUCAUCAAAAUGUGCCUGGAAAAGGGUUAUAUAAGUGGAAAAUAACAUCCAAACGUUCAGAAUAGAGUCAUUAGGAAUUUAAUAAUCUUCGAGUGAGAAGUUGACACAAAUACUUAUAUUUCCAAUGGAUCUCAUCAUUCUUUCCUUAGCUGUGGGAAUGGGAGAUUGGCUUAUAACACCUUUUGCUAGCCUCUGUGAACUUAUACAUACUAUUUGGUUUCAUUCCGUUGUAACUCUUCAGCAAAGCAGGCCAAGGUCCAUGGACUUUUUAUUUUAAUUAUAGAAUUAUAUUACUUACUACAUUCAAAUGAAAACAAAUCCAAUUGGUUAAAGUGGAUUUUAUUCUUUUACUGUCUCAAACAAUGGGUGGCAGACUCUGACGUGCAAUGCUGACUACAAUGGGCAAUAAUAAUUGUUUGGAAGAUGCCCACUGAGUCAUAAGGCAGCUGCUAGUGUGUACAACUUUGUUCUUAAUUGGUUUCGCAGUAAGAUUCUAUAGUCUACUGACAAUAUGAUUUUAAUGUAAGUGAUUGUAUAUAAUCUCAAGGAUUGUCAGCGGGGAUAACUUCAGUGGGAGAUGUUUGAGGGUCAGGAAAAUCUGUGUUCUCUUCCAGGUUCCAGCACAUAUUAUAUAGAGAAACCAUAGGCACGAUGCUGAACUACUUCACUUCAAACUGUGCUACAAAGUGCUAAUGAUCGCUAUCACAGGGUGUUCUUUUGUACGAAGAAAAAUUUACAAGUGAUAAAAUCUAAGAUGCCUUUUAACCUCAUCACCAAACCUGUAAUCAAAUUAUGUAUCAAAAAGUCACCCCCACAUACACCAACUCAACUUUCCCCCCCUCUAAGCACAUAAAUAUAUUUUUAUAGAAAACAGAUCUACAGAAAAUAAACAAAAUCUGCUGUUAUGAGAGGAGUACAAUUUGCACAUGCCAUUGAAAAUUACUAAUCAGAAGAAGAUUAAGCAGGGUCUUUGCUAUACAAAAGCAUUUUCCACUAAUUCUGCAUGCAUAUUUAUAAGACGUGAACUCAGUGGAUUUAUUCUCUUGGUAUAAAGGCAUCUGAUAUUUUAGAUGUACCCAUGUUUAUAAAAAGAAAAUGUAGAGCACAACGGACUUAUGCUAUUUUAUACUCAUGGAAGAGAUAGAGGACAAUAGGAGAGAUGUCGGCUGCUUUUCUAAGUAUUUAAAACAUAUUUGCCAAUUGAAACCCUAAAUAUGUUUACAUGCCAUGAAGGCGUAACUCUUGUAACAACUUUAAAUUGGUUAUAAUAGGACUGGUUUGUGGUCUGUGAUAGUAGAUGUACCCUAGUGUUCCUAUAGUGAGAUAAGUAGUGCUGAGCCAAAGCUUACUUUGUUUUGUGUCUUAAACUGACUGCAUUGUCAAAAAGACAAAAGGUAAUGGGAGCAGGUUCACCCUAUUAGCUUUUCCUUCCGUUUUUCUCUGAGACUAAUGUUCACAGUAGAUCUUUAUUGAAAUGUGUUUGUGUUGUAGAUGGUGUUUGUAUUGUGCUUAUGGCUAUGUAUGGUUCAAAACUAUUUUCAUUACACAUGGAGUUCAGCUUUCAAAUAAAAGUUUGACUUCGUGUACUGUAAA